GGCCCCUGUGAUAUCUACUUCGAUUUGUUUUACGGCGCUCACAAUGAGAGACGAAUGACCGGGUAGAGUAUCAAUAGGCACGACAUGUAAUCGAGUCUCAACGUCGAACCCGCGCUUCAUCCGAACUCUGUACUGCGACCCGUAUCUAUCGAAGAUGGAGUGGACUGUGGCCUCUUCUGGAGGCACUGGCUCAAGGUUAACGCGUGUCCUCAUUAUUGUAUCUGGCGUAGCGUCCCUGGUUGCGACAUUGCUAUCUGUUGUGUCGAUAUGGCUACAAACGAAAAACUACCGGAAACCUCUACUCCAGCGCUAUGUUGUACGAAUACUUUUGAUGAUUCCGAUUUAUGCUGCCUCAUCAUGGACCAGUAUCAUCUCCCUUAAAGCUGCGAUGUUUUUAGAUCCUAUUCGAGAUAUAUACGAGGCAUUCACGAUUUAUACCUUUUUUCAACUAUUGAUUAACUUCCUUGGCGGCGAACGAGCGUUGAUUAUAAUGACCCAUGGACGACCACCAGUUCAACACAUGUGGCCGCUAAAUACAUUUCUUUCCAAAGUAGAUAUUUCGGAUCCGCAUACAUUUCUCGCAAUCAAAAGAGGCAUUUUGCAGUAUGCCUGGCUGAAACCUAUCCUUGCGUUGGCGUCUAUCAUCAUGAAGGCCACAGAUACUUAUCAAGAAGGAUAUAUUGGAGCAUCCUCGGGAUAUCUUUGGACAGGUAUCAUCUAUAACGUCAGUGUCAGCGUCAGCUUGUACUCUUUGGCACUGUUCUGGAUCUGCAUGCAUGACGAUCUGAAACCGUUCCGCCCAGUUCCGAAAUUUCUCUGUGUCAAGCUCAUUAUUUUCGCCUCAUACUGGCAAGGCUUCUUCUUGUCGAUUCUUCAGUGGCUGGGCGCGAUUCCAAACGGAGUGGCUGGUUACACCCCGGAUAACCUUGCUGCGGCUAUCCAGGAUACCUUGAUCUGUUUAGAGAUGCCCGCUUUCGCAAUUGCUCACUGGUAUGCUUUCUCGUGGCACGACUACGCGGACAAUAGAGUGUCUUCGGCUCGUAUGCCUGUCAAGCAUGCACUAAGGGACUCUUUUGGUAUACGAGAUCUUAUCGAAGACACCAAACAGACCUUCCAGGGAAAUGAUUACAAAUACCGUCUGUUCGAUUCGGGAGACAAUAUCAUUGCUCAUGAAGAAUCAAGCUCACGUGUGAAACGGGUUAUGGAAGGGAUGAGGUACGAGCGAGGAGGAAAAGGUAAAUACUGGAUACCGAAACCUGGAGAGGCCAGUAGCCGGACGCCACUCCUGGCUGGAAGUAUCGCGCAUGGCCAGCGUAGUCCGUCGGAUGGACCCAAACGGAACAGCACCAUUGACAGGUAUCGCUCAUAUGGUGAACUUGAAGAGACGACCAUGGAUGAGGACGACGAGCGUCUUUUCUCCAAUGCACGAGCAUUGGAAUUUGGCGAUUGGAAUUAUCCGGUCAUUACAGCCAACAUAAUACCUCGAGAUCAAGUUUUACCUCGGACUGUUAGCUACCAAAGCCAGGCUUCUGAUCACGGUCACGUGGUGAGAAAGGCGCGAAAGCACAGAAACAGUCAUGUCUGUGAAUCUAGCCGCGAGAACAAGGCGACAAGUUCCAGAACUCGUCGUCCUCAGCGACCAAGUGAAGUACCACGUCACUCCAGUGCUUCGACGUCUACAUCUCGUCGUAGCCAGCUAGUCGACUUGGUGGUCGAAAAUACAGAAGCUGAGCGACGAGAACAGAGCCAAGCCCGACGGGAAACGGGGUCGGAUUGGCCUGAGCGGGAUGCCCUCCAUUUACAGAGACCUACGAGCGAACCAGUGGCAGUGGUACGCCCUCAACCUGCGGGUGGCACUGUUUCGCCCUCUUUACCAGCGAACUUUGCUGUUGGUGAAGAUGACGAGGACACUAUUGAAGGGGAUACCAAUGAUACAAAGCCAAGACCACUGAAUCCUGACUACAGUGAUCUAGGUGAAGACCGCAAUGUCUGGGGUAACUAGUUUGAAAGCUUCGGUUCUGAACAGCACGCUUGAGAGGAAUUUGUAUAGUAUCUUCAAGCUUUAGGAGUUUCAAAGUCACCAAAGAUUCCUCAAGAGCCUCC